UUUCAUCAACAAACAAGCUUAAGUGUUUCCACUAUAUACUUUUUCGAUCACAGAAGAAAUUAAUCAAAAGAUGGAAUACAAAAAUGUGAUUUUAAGUGUGUUCAUAAUGAGUUUGGUCUUGGCGCAAAUUCAAGUAGAAGCAAGGGUUUGUGAUGCUAUCAAUGAAUAUUGCAACUUGGGGUGUGCAUCCUCUAUGUGUGGUGCCUUAACCACUCUCCAGAACUCUGGCGCAAGUGAAAUUGUAAAUGAAGCGGUUGAAAAAUGCACCAAGGCAUGUUCUACUCUCUGCACCAAAGCGAUAGCGAUAGCGACUCCGACGAAGGCAAAAAAUAUAACGGAGAUAAAAAAACAGUCGCUCAAUAUGGACGUCGGCGACGUCAAUAGUGAAGAUGUUGAGUUGCUGUUAUUUUUAGUGACACGUGUAUAUGCUACUUCCGGUUUGUGUAUGUGUCGUAGGAGAUUAUCGGUCCCAAGAUUGUGUAACGAAUUCUACUUGCUCUUAUAUAAAUAAAAGAUUAUUUCCAGUUA